ACUCACAAAUAUGCUUAUAUUUUUCUUUGUAAUUUACUUUUGGAAGCAUUCAAAUUUUCUGAAAAACACCAAACAAAAAGGUUUGUAGAUAAAGGAAGAAGCUCGUUGUUGCAAAGACGGAGAUCGAUGGCUCCGACGGCGACGCUGGAUAAAAAUGAGGAGCUCCGGCGACUCAAGGAGGUUAAUAUUGACGAAGCUCCGGGGCGUCGUCGUGUUCGUGAUUCCUUGAAAGAUAUUCAGCUUAAUCUCGAUCAUAUCCUCUUCAAGACACCAGAAAAUGGGAUUAAGACAAAGGAGUCUUUUGAGGUGAAUUCGAGAGGAGUUGAGAUCUUCUCCAAAAGCUGGCUUCCUGAAGCUUCUAAGCCUAGAGCUUUGGUUUGUUUCUGCCAUGGUUAUGGAGAUACUUGCACGUUUUUCUUCGAAGGGAUUGCAAGGAGAUUGGCAUUGUCGGGAUAUGGUGUUUUCGCUAUGGAUUAUCCAGGAUUUGGCUUGUCGGAGGGCUUGCACGGUUAUAUCCCUAGCUUUGAUCUUCUUGUUCAAGAUGUCAUUGAGCAUUACUCCAACAUAAAAGCAAAUCCUGAGUUUAGUUCUCUACCGAGCUUUCUCUUUGGACAGUCAAUGGGUGGAGCUGUGUCACUCAAAAUACAUCUCAAACAACCAAAUGCAUGGACCGGUGCUGUCUUGCUAGCACCAAUGUGCAAAAUUGCAGAUGAUUUGGUUCCACCACCGGUAUUAAAACAGAUUUUGAUCGGCCUAGCCAAUGUUCUACCGAAACACAAGUUGGUUCCACAAAAGGAUUUAGCAGAAGCAGGGUUUAGAGAUAUCAGGAAGAGGGAAAUGACACCAUACAACAUGAUUUGUUACAGUGGCAAACCAAGGCUACGAACUGCAGUAGAAAUGCUUAGAACAACUCAGGACAUUGAAAAACAAUUGCAGGAGGUGUCUUUGCCGAUACUGAUUCUACACGGAGAAGCUGAUACAGUGACAGAUCCUUCAGUGAGCAGAGAGCUAUACGAGAAAGCGAAAAGUCCAGACAAGAAGAUAGUUUUGUAUGAAAAUGCGUAUCAUUCUCUGCUCGAAGGCGAACCAGAUGACAUGAUUCUCCGUGUCUUGUCCGAUAUUAUCUCGUGGCUCGACGACCAUAGCUUACAAGCUGAGGGAUCAUUAGUUACUACUAUAUCUGUGAAGAUGUUCUCCGCUCAGAACAAGAUCAAGAAGGACAAGAAUGCUGAGCCAACAGAAUGCGAGGAGCAAGUUGCUCAGGCUUUGUUUGAUUUGGAGAACACUAACCAGGAGUUGAAAAGCGAGUUGAAAGAUCUCUACAUCAACCAAGCUGUUCAAAUGGAUAUCUCUGGAAACCGCAAAGCUGUUGUGAUUUACGUUCCAUUCAGAUUGAGGAAAGCUUUCCGCAAGAUUCAUCCCCGUCUCGUCAGAGAGCUUGAGAAGAAGUUUAGUGGAAAGGAUGUCAUCUUUGUUACCACAAGAAGGAUCAUGCGUCCACCUAAGAAGGGUGCUGCUGUUCAGAGGCCACGUAACAGAACUCUUACCUCUGUUCAUGAAGCUAUGCUUGAAGAUGUUGCUUUCCCCGCUGAGAUUGUUGGAAAGCGUACUCGGUACCGUCUUGAUGGUUCCAAGAUCAUGAAGGUCUAUUUGGAUGCCAAGGAAAAGAACAACACUGAAUACAAGCUCGAGACUAUGGUGGGUGUGUACCGUAAACUUACCGGCAAAGAUGUCGUUUUUGAGUACCCAGUCGAAGCUUGAAAGAAGAUGAUGAUGAAUCAUCAGGAUAGAGAAAGAGAGCUUUUUAUUCUGUUUUGUGGUAUUUAGGAUGAAGGAAACUCUCUUGAUUCAGUUCCUUAUUCACAAUCUUU